AUGGGCACGACGACAGCCACAACGACGUCGCCCCUCAUAAUUCUAGAGAGCGGUCCCGGUUCCCUGACGACGAGAAGUAGCUCUCUGGCGAUGGCGGCGGCCAAUGAGACUCUUGUCGUCGUUCUCGACAAAGUGAUUUCACCAAACGCGUCCAACUACACCGACCUCCUGAUGCAGCAGCCCGUCGAAGCAAACAUGACGUUGAUGGCACUCAAAGGCACCCUCCUACUCCUCAUAAUCCUGCUCACAAUCACGGGCAAUCUACUGGUUCUGGUGGCCAUUUUCAUGAACCCAAAUCUACGCACGACAACGAACUACUUUAUUGUGAAUCUGGCUAUUGCCGAUCUUCUGUUGGGUGCAAGUGUUCUUCCGUUUUCGGCAACGCUCGAGCUGCUCGACAAGCAGUGGUACUUCGGUCAGAUUUUUUGCAAUGUCUGGGCGGCGACCGAUGUGCUGUGCUGUACGGCGAGCAUCAAUUCGCUGUGUGUGAUCAGUGUCGAUCGUUAUAUCGGCGUUACGCGACCGUUGACCUACUCGAGUAUAGUGACGCAUAGACGCGCAGUGACAACGUGCGUGAUAGUUUGGGUACUUUCUUUUUUCAUAUCAGUGGGCCCACUGUUCGGCUGGAGAGACCCCCCGAACCCAGACAAUAAAUACUCGUGCGAGGUCACUAAGCAAAAGGGCUACGUCAUAUUCUCCGUGCUCUUUUCGUUCUACAUUCCAACCCUCGUCAUCCUAGUCGUCUACCAAAGAAUUUACCGAGCCGCAACGCGUCAGACUAAGUUCCUCGAGACAGGAGUCAAGAUUGUCAAGUCAGGGGGUGGAAGCGGAAACUCGGGGAACGGAGAACUCACCCUUCGGGUUCAUCAAGGCAAUUCGAAAUCAUCGUCCGGAAGCCAACUGGAAAAUAGUUCUAAUCCGAAAAUCGUGACGAUGGGACUACAGGGUCGUUUGGCGAAGUUCAAGCGACAGAAAAAAGCAGCUAAGACCCUUGGAAUAGUAGUAGGAGUGUACUUCAUUUGUUGGUUCCCGUUCUUCUUCAUACUACCAUUUGGAAGUCUGUGUGAAGCCUGCAACGUACCGCCGUUGCUCUUCGACGUAUUUUUCUGGACGGGCUAUUUUAAUUCAUGUCUCAACCCGUUCAUCUACGCCACCACGAGUCGUGAAUACAAUCGAGCAUUCCGAACAGUUCUCCGGUGUAACUGGCUAUGUCGUGGAUCAGGGAGCCGAGAGCAUAACGCCACAGACUACCAAUGUUUCGGUUUCAGGUCGAACUCGAAGACUGUCACGUACACGAUCCGGGGAUCGAGUAGUCCUCAACGGCAGUCGUGUGCAUCGACGUUGCGGCCCUCGCCCUUGCCAAAUCAUCACACGUUUAAGGAUAUCGCGUAG